GUGAAGUCAGACAUGCAGCACAACAGCAGCAGUACGUCUUCAGUACCUAAUUUGGGACUUUGUGGACUCGGAGUAGAUGAGGGUGAAGACCUGUGGAACCGGAGCACAGGGACUCAACGCAACCUCUCUCUCCGCUGCUGGCUCCAGCUGUUGUCCAAAGAAGCUAUGCCAGAGCUAUAUGGUGACACUUCAAGUAUGACGCUGCGUGUAGUCAUCGCCAUGGUCUACCUAGUGGUGUGUGCUCUUGGGCUGGUGGGCAACCUGCUGGCACUGUAUCUGCUCAAAUCUCGGCACCGGCUAAAGCAAUCGUCUAUAAACUGUUUUGUCAUGAGCUUGGCUAUAACAGACCUGCAAUUUGUACUGACACUUCCCUUCUGGGCUGUGGACACGGCGUUGGACUUUCGCUGGCCAUUUGGCAAGGUCAUGUGCAAGAUCAUCAGUUCAGUCACAACCAUGAAUAUGUAUGCCAGCGUCUUCUUUCUAACAGCCAUGAGUGUGGCGCGCUACUGUUCUCUGGCAUCAUCCAUACGCAUGCACAGCCCCAAGAUGGCAUCGGCUGAGGUUAAAUGGGCAAGUGUGGCCAUCUGGCUUGUGUCUCUGCUGGCAACGCUGCCUCAUGCUGUCUACUCAACCACAGCACAAGUGUCAGAUGAUGAACUUUGUCUUGUACGCUUCUCAGAUCUGGGAAACUGGGAUCCACAACUGUUGCUGGGUCUCUAUCAGACACAAAAAGUGCUCCUUGGUUUUGUCAUUCCACUGAUUAUAAUCAGCGUUUGCUACCUGCUUCUGCUGCGCUUUGUGCUACAAAGACGUGUUAGCGGGAUCCCCGGGUCGGAAAGUGAACGGGGGAGGCACAAACGCCGUUCCAAAGUCACCAGAUCGGUCACCAUUGUAGUCCUGUCAUUCUUCCUGUGCUGGCUGCCCAACCAGGCUCUGACACUUUGGGGUGUCCUCAUUAAGUUCGACUUGGUGCCAUUUAGCAAAGCCUUCUAUAAUGCCCAGGUCUAUGCGUUUCCCAUUACUGUCUGCCUGGCACACACCAAUAGUUGUCUCAAUCCAGUACUUUACUGCCUCAUACGGCAGGAGUAUCGGGCCAGUCUCAAAAAGCUGCUGCUGAGAGCCACACCAUCCUUACGCAACCUAACCAAAAUGGUACGCAGAAAUAAGAAGGUUGCUGAUGCUCCACCUGGCUUAGCUGUUGUACAGAUGGAUGCUGGGCUGUGA